AUGUCUGUAUCGACGAUACCUCCACAUCUUCGUACUCGGCUUAUCUCACAUGGACAAAGAGUUUGUGAGCUUUACAAAGCAGUGCUUUACGAUCUGAAGGCGAAACAUCGAGACGUUUUGAAGUAUCGCUAUCAUGCUGUCUUGGCACGAGCACGUUUUGAAGAAAACAGAAACAUUAAGGAUGAAAUUCUGGCAAGAAAAUUAGUGGAAGAUGGAUGGGCUGAACUCAAACAGACUGAGGCUCCUUUUCCGUUCAAAUAUCCUGAUGCACCAGGAGGUGCUGCUUACGGAAGGGAAUCCGUUUUUAAUGACUCUAACUAUGACCUGUGGCAUCCAUUAGAGAAGAAGCAGUAUCCUGACUUCUUUGCAAGACGGGAAAAACGUAAGAAGGAAUUUAUGGAAGCCUGGGUCAAACGUUAUGGUCCUGAAAAGGAAAAAGUGUUUUAG